GUGAGAGCACGACGGUCGGCUGUGCCCACGCCGCUCGCGCUUCGCGUCAUCCAGAAACGUUUUCUCCUCGCGUUUGACGCGUCCUCUCUUUCUCUUUCUCUCUCUCUCUCCCUCUCCCUCUCGUCUCGCACGCGUAAUCACGCAGUCAUCGCGCUCCGACGUUGCAUCUGUCCGUCGCAGGCGCCGGUAGUGCGUCUCGUCCCCGUGUCACCGUGAACGUAGCAGUGGACGCGAGCGACGUAACGCGAGACCGUAUAUACACACGUAUACACGCGGACGACAGGAGUGCGUAACGCGGUGUGCAUAUCUACGCACGCGUAGACGCGAGACUACGUCUCCGCAGGGAGGAGCGCGCGAGGGGGCGGCGCGCGCGCCCGCCGAGCAGCGUCGUCGUCGUCGUCCUCGUCGUCCUUUAUCGCUCCGGUUGCUCUUACUCGCUCGUUAGUGUGCGGGGCACCUGCGUGUGAGAACGUUGGCUACGCGGGUACGAUGUGAGAUAAGUGCGCGGCAGGACGACUCCCGUCGACAGAGACGAGCAGAGUGAAGGUCGCGCAGGACGACUGGCCCGCGAAUUCGAAAACGAUCUUUCGGUGAGUGCGUUUCGCGAACAUCGCAGCGGACGGGAGCGCGAUACACAUCCCAAGCGAGAUCAGCUAUGCGUCUCGGUGCGUGAUGGACAGGAGGCGAGCCUUCCCAGCCAGCAGCAGCGGUGGCUUCUUCUCCAUCGGCAGACUCAUGGAUACGUGGAUAUUCUUCCUGUUCGUCGCCAUUGCCGACGUGGCGGCGUCAGUGGAGGUUCACUUCGAGAACAAGGAUGGCGGAUUCUUCCUCAAGCAUACGCAGCGACAAUAUUAUCCGGCCCGCGGCACAUCGGACUCCGUCCCGGCGCUGUCGACGAGCACGUCGAGCAACAGCAACAACAACAACAACAACAAUAACAGUCCGGCGAACGCGGUACCGUCGCCACCGCCGGGCUCCGUCCUCUCGAUCGACAAAUUCACCGUCUUCCAGACGAGCGAGCCGGUGUCGGUGCGGGCCACGUACGGGCCCUUCAGCACCAAGCAGACCGUGCCGGCGCGUUACAUAGUCCCCGACCCGCUGGACGCGUUACCGGCACCGGAAACGCGGCGCAAUCUCACGGCCGCGACGAUCCUGGACGCCCAGGAGCUCGGCGCACGUCACCUGGACAUGUCGGCCCACCUGGUGGGCAACAGCGUGCCGCGCGACUCGCCCGUGCUCAGGGUGCUCUUCCACGCCGGCAGCGAGACCGGCGGUAGACGUCAGCUGUUGAUGGCGCGUCAUCAGCGGGUCUGCGUGGUGCUGCACGCCAGUCUGGCCAGUCCAUCGCGAAGCAACGCCGCGAGCAGGAGCAUCAAUGGACGCUAUUCUUCCUCCUUCUCCUCCUCCUCUUCGUCCUCUUCUUCUUCUUCAUCAUCUUCAUCUUCAUCUUCCGCCCUCACGGCCGCCUGCAGCCCCGACGGUGAAAACGGCGUGUGCCUCGCGCAAAUCACCAUUCCGGCCGAUUGGUGGGCGCCCUUGCCACCGCCCGAUGCCUCUGGUCGUGUCAAGGUCGCCAAGAGUCUGCCGCGAUUGAUCCAGGUCGCUUACUCCGUCCUGGAACCGCGUACGGAGGAAGGCGGCGGUGGUCUCGGUGGGGACGGCGGUGGCUCCGUCGACGGUUCGGGAUUCUGCAGACCCAGGGUGCAGAUUCAACCCGUCACCCCUCUUGGUCAGAUACCGCUGGCGCCGAACAAAGCGGAUUAUAAGGAGCUCAGAGCGGAUGACUUGCUUACGCUUCUGGUACCCCAUGGACCGCUCUAUCCGAGAUCCAGGCUGCACGUUCCGGCGUUCCUGCAUCCUGCCAAAGUAACGGAUUCCCGGCAGGAUCGACCGUUAAUCGUCGCUGUUAUCCUCAGAGUGAGAGUAAAAUCUGGUGUGAAAAUCGUGGAUGCUUCGUCCAGUAGCCCGGAUUGGAUCGUCCAGAGCGAUGUAAACGCGAAAUGUACGGCCGCCACAUUUACAGCUCGGCGCAAAGAAACUUCGCGUGUAUUAUUAAGCACAUCCGCGGAAGAAAUAAUGACGAUGUUGCUAGAGGCCAGCGAGGAAGGAAUAGGCGGAAGUUGGGACGGCGGUAAAAUUGUAUGGAGCGUGCGUUAUGAGCUCCAGGACGAGGAGGAGAAGGACUCGCAGUUGACGGGCGUCGAUCAGUUGCAGCAACGAAUGCAUCAGCUGCAGCACCAUCACCAUCAUCAUGUCGAGAAGAGAAAGCUGCAGGUGCGGCUGGAAAUACAGAAGGAUGAUAUACAGGCGGUGCUUCCGAUCUCUAAGAACUGGGAGGUGAUGAAUACGGCAGUGCUGACGGGGCGUCAGGUGUCGCAGGGGAUGAAGGUUUUCAUCGUUAGUCAAGCUGGCACAGUGGCCGACGUCACAUUGCAGUCGUCCUGUCAUUCCGAGGACGAAAGCGUUCUCAAGGUAUCGUCCUCUUGUAGCAGCGUGUACGUGGACGGUUCGGAGAUUCGGGGUUCCAGCAACGCAUCGGUCCUCGUCAAGUACGGCACGUACACCGGUUUAGCGAGGUUCACCGUGUGGAUGCCCGAGUUUCCGCUGGAGGUGACCGUUGGCGACACUCGACUCAGCCAGAUAAAGGGCUGGAAGGUGCCGGAGGAGCACGCGACCAGCGCCAAGAGCAAACGUAGCUUGGUGAACGCGACGAAGAUCGAGGAACGGACCUCGGAGUCGCCGGUGGUCACCGCGCGAGCGAAGAAGAGAAGCGCCGUCGAGAUCGAAGAAUCGAUCGAGGACACCUCGAUGGACAUGGACGACCCGGACGAGCCGCUCCUCGAGGAGGACGAUGAGCACGAGGAACGAUUCCGUGGCAAUGGGAACGAGCACGGGUGGGACACGAUCAAUUCCAUCGAUCGGAAUCUAUCCCCGGCCAAUUGUCGACUUCGGUUCCAGCAGAGUCCGGUCGAAGUUCACGCCCGGUUCCUGGCGACCGAUCAUGACUCGGGCAGGGUCUCGUACUUUGUCAAUCGACGCACCUGGCUGCGCGUCACCGACCUCGUGGCCGGCAUGUUGCGCGUCUCCGAUCCUAGGAUAGCGACGCUUCUUCAAAAUAAAUUGGUCCAGGGCCGCGGGGUGGGACGCACGGAGGUGCAGGUACUCUCGCCGAUCACCGGUAGAGUCAUCGGCGCGAAGGAGAUCAGGGUCGGCAACGAUCGCGUGUCCGUGAUGCGACUGUCCGUCCGAGUCGUGUCUGGGCUUCAGCUCAGCAUCAGUCCCGAUACCGCGAUCGAGAACGGAUAUGUCGCGGAGACCUCGGUUACAAGGAGAUUGACUGCGCAGUAUCAGGAGGGAUUGCUAGACAUCGACGUGGAGUUCUCGGACGGUACCCGUACGCCCCUAAGGGAGAUCGCCGUGAGCGAUUACAAUUUGCAGGUCGAGAGCACGGAUCCGGAAGUCGUGGCGUUCGCGCCGAUGGUCGCUUCGCAUCAUCCCCGGGUCAUCGCCGUUGGUGAGGGUCGCGGUGACCUGCUGCGCGUCAGUCUUCAGCUGGCCGAUUCCUGCCGAUUAUCCGGCAGACGGUCGGGCAAGGGCUCUCAGAGGACGACGGUCGCCGCGUUGGCGAGCGCGUCGGCCAAUGUCGAGGUGGAUUUCGCCUCGAGCGAGGUGCCCAAUCGGCCGGAAUUUGUGCAAAAUGACGGCGGCGGCACCGUCGGCUCCCAUCAUCACAGAGAACGUAAAACCAACCGGGGCGAAAUGACACCGGAUCUACAUGACAUUCUCAUCGGGUUACCGCUGAAAGACGAGAAAGACGGGCACAAGCACGAGCCUCUGGUGCAGGCGCGGCAGCAUCGCACGGCUAUAGCUAAUGGCAUGUCUUCAGGGGGUAUGGGCGGCGUCGGCGUGCGUCAUCACGGCGUCGGGGCGCGCAUGAGUCCGCUCGAGAUCGGGAUGUACGUGCUGCUCGCGGCGUUCUGCUUCGCGAUCGUUGUCUUUGUCGUCUCCUGCGUGGUGUACGCCAGCAAGUUCAAGCCUCAACCACCGGACUCGCCGGGGCUCCUGACCGGCGCGGCCGUACCGGUCCUCGCUGGAGCACGCGCCGCCGCGAACCAGCUGGCGUCCGGCAGACGAAUCCACCACCAACGUCCACCUCGCGAAUCCACCACCAACGCACACGACUGGGUAUGGCUGGGUAGAGCUACCCUCGAGCGAGCCGCCUGCGGUCCGCAACAGGUGCGCGUAACAAGUAAUCCGCUGGCUGGCGAAGGUGAACCCGAGAACGAACUGGGGACGUGCUUCGACAAUCCGAAUCACAUCGAGCUACCGUCCGCCAACCAACGCAUAACAUCUAGCAGCGGUACUAGCGCUAUCGACACCACAACUUAUUCCAAGAGGGACAGAGUAGCGCGGAACAGUUUCGCGGCGAAAUCCGCGAUCAAGCCGUCCGCGAUGAUAGCACCCACCAAUGCGACUACGACGGCGACGACAACGACGUCGUCGAUGAUAGCUCCGUCAAUGGCCAUCACGCGAAAUGACAACGACGAUAUCCCUCCGCCCUUGCCGCCGCAUGGGGUGCCGGUCGCGAUCUCGACAUCGGUUACGACCACGACAACGGCAACGACGACGAUCGGCACGAACAAUGGGAACAAUGGCAACAACGAGGAUUAUAAACCACCGGUACCGCCGCAUAGAAACACGGGCGUUAACGUGCGGCUGCCGGAACCACCGCGAAAACAUCGCCACAGGACGUCCAGCGGCGGCAGCGGCGGUGGUGGCCAUCAUGGGAAUAACCAUCGACACAGCGGCAAACCACCGCAACAGUCGAGCCAUCACAUGGUCAAACCGCACGCGAAAGCCAGAGUGAUGGAAAAUGCGAACAAACAGCAGAACGGCGGCGAUGACGAGGAAUUUGUAGAGCUGGUGAAUCAUGACGAUAACAACAAACGCGACCUCGCGAAAGACGCCGGGAGGUCCCGGGAGAUCAAGAGGGCGACCAUAGUCGGUAAUCCGAUGUACUCGUCCUUCUCCACGUCAGCUGUCGCUUCCACCGUCAACGCGUCUACUCCUGUCGGCGGCACAGCCUCGUCCACCACCACGUCCCCGCCGUCCUCGUCGCCGUCCGCCUCCUCCUCGUCCUCGUCAUCCUCAUCCUCCUCCAGCUCCUGCGCUUCGUCGUCUUUCCAAGAACAGGAAGAGUCAGUGCCGCUCGACGAUCUUAAUCUAGGUAUGGACUACAACCAGAUCAUGCAAUAUUUUGACAAUCUGAAGGAGUCGAAUGCCUAGGUAGGGCCGUUCGACCUCUUGGAAGGUCGAGCAGUAGUCAAUGUCGAUACGGAACACCGGGAUCCUCGUCAGUAGAUGCGGGCGAGCGUGUCGAACUGUUUUCUUUUUAUGUUCGCCUCUUGAAAAUUCUCUCGGAGAAUUCUCUGUCGUGACAACUCGCUCUCACAGAAAUGAGAUUCCGCUAUACACGACGACGGUGACUUCCCCGGAUAUUUCGUAUUUUAGACUAUAAUCUAGUCAGCUUCCUAGCAGCACAUCAAGAGUAACGCGCAAACAUGCAUAAAUACAUAGUACACUCUCAUAUUAACGGAAUUAAGAGAGAGAUUAACUCCUUCAUACACAAUUCAUACAGUCUCUCGGCAAUUUAUUACGAUCGCUAACAGUUUUCGGGCGCGCAAUGGGUGAAAGUUCCUGAAGUAUGAUGAUAAUUUGCACCGAUAAUAUAUUCACGUCAAUACGUAAAUAAUGAUACGUAAAAUGUAAUGCGCGAUAAGAAAAAUCUAUGCGUUACAUCGAUACUUUAUAUUAUAUAUCCCACGCGAAGAGAUGCAUAUAUUCACUAUAUUUUUUUACCAUUUUUACAAAGUAUAUAUACAUAUAUGUAUAUCAUUAUCCCAAAUGAUUAUAUCAACCAAAUAAGUAUAUCUUUUUCGUUCAUUUUUAUUGAUUAUUUUUGCUAUCUGCAAAAUUUUCUCUUUAAUAGCUCUCUAAAUAACUUCAUCCGUUAUAUCGACAAUAUUCAAUAGAUUUAAUCUAUCAUGAUGUUUUCCUUUAUUUUCUCAUUUUUUAUCAUUUUCAAUUCAUACGGGAAGAUAUUAUUCGUGCGUCGCGAAAACUUGUCGACGUAAUAAAUAAUCGAAGCACUGUUCGUAUAUACACGCAAGAGGCUUUAAAAAAAAACUGACUGUCGAUGGCCAAGUGGGGUAGGUAGAUCGCUCGCUCGAUGACGACGAAAACGUCUCGCGCGACGUUCCGUUCCUCGCUGCGAGCUUUCCUUCGUUUCGUGCAGGAUCGUCGCAUAUCCUCGCCCCUCGCCCCCUCCCCCUCCGUGCCAUCUCGAUCUCUCGCUCAAAAGCUCUUCCCCUGCGCUAUCACGGUUCCUCCUCCCCCUCAUUCCCGUGAGGGUUGCAAGAGACGAGCAUCACUUGCGAGAUGCUUUGUAUUUUGAUCGCGGCGCAAUGGCUUUCUAUGCCGUAUCUAACGAUAAAAAAUGCGAAAGGGCAUCACCUCGCGAAUCUCUUUCCAUUGCUGAUAUCAAAAAUGUCGCGUUUCAUGUACAAAGAAAGGAGAGUUUUGUACGAUGACGAUGCGUAUGACGGCGCGUCUCUUCCUCGCCCUUUCCGGAUAUUCGAUCUGCAUCAAAUACAUAUUCGCUUAAUGCGCGCGAUUCGCCGUCAAACCGGUGAAUUUUUCACCGGUUCGCAGACUGCCAAUCGGUCUUUGUCAGGUGUAUACGAGACGCGCGAUCAAAAUACGACGAAGCAAAACGUGCGAGACUUGCAACCCGACCCGGCCGCAUCGGAGGACGCAUAUUUAUUCGAUCGACCAUACGUCAUAAUGUUUGUAAAUUUUGCUUUGUAAGACUGUGUACAUAUAUACAUAUAUAUAUUAUAUAUAUAUAUAUAAACGCGAUAAAGCGCAUGUUAAUUAUGGACUUACAGAUUUAAAGUUACAUUUAUAUAGCUAAUAGAGAAUCGCGUUCCACGCAUCGAGAGACGCGCACGUCGGAAAUAUCGAAUGAAGAAGUAUCUCGUCGACAAAGUGACGAAGCGUAUAUAUAUUACACGCUGCUCUCUCGCUUUUGAAUUAUCCUCCCUUGGGGAGGGACGAUCUUUUUUAAGUAAACAUCGCGUACUCGUGUCGCAAUCAGCACUUUUUAAAAGCACGCCGAAAAUAUCACCUUCAUCAUGUGAAAAUGCGUGUGUUAGCGAGAUCAGUAUAUCGUGAAAAACGUCUAUAAAUGUCUAGAUAGUACCUAAAUAUAACACGUAUGCGUAUCGACACGUAUUUAGGUACAGUAUUGAGAUACGGUGUAUUCUCAUUAUUCUUGCUUUAAACAUUUGUAUCUAGGUAUUCUAUAUCUGCUACGAGAUAUAACACGUACCAUGUAUAUUGCCAUAUCACGAGUGUAUAUAAUUGUAUAUUUAUCGUAAAAAUAUGUAUUAUCGGGAAUAUUGAAAUCGGCCGAGAUAUUCUGAAAGAGAUAGCCUACUUCCUUUUGACACAUAUCUAUUCAGUUUAGAUUUUUUAUUUACAACCGCAUUAGCCUGCACGUUACAAUGUUUAACACUUUCAGCUAAAAAAGUCAAAAGUAGCUAAAUAUCAGAAAUAUGUUUCGCAAUUUUUAAUGACUAUACUUCAUACCUGAAUACUAUUUCGAGAAAUGUAUGUAUCAUCGUAUAAAGAGGAACACAUAUUUCUAUCAUGUGUCCGAGCAUUUUGUACCUAGAUACAAAGAAUGCGUGUUGAAAGUGUGUAUAAACUAAGUGAACAUUAUUGUCUAUAAAUGGCUUAUAUGGCUA